AUCCAGUUUAAGCAGAGCUCUUGGGUGGGGCAGAUGGGUUUGCAACCUCUGCGACCCGACCCGAGGGUUUCAGGCAGGCCUACGAGCUGGUUUGGAUCAGAUCCUGGCUGGGGACCACCAGCUCCCGGCGAAUCAGGUGUUGUCUUUAGGUCCACCCCAGUAAAGAGGCUGCUGGGGCUGGAUGGUCAUGGGGGAGCCUGGGAGAGAGGAGUAUAAGAUCCAGUCUUUUGAUGCAGAGACUCAGCAGCUGCUGAAGACAGCACUCAAAGAUCCCAGUGGCGUGGACUUGGAGAAAGUGGCCAAUGUGAUUGUGGACCAUUCUCUGCAGGACUGUGUGUUCAGCAAGGAAGCAGGACGCAUGUGCUAUGCCAUCAUUCAGGUGGAAAACAAGCAGUCAGGUCAGAGUGUCUUCCGGCGUGGACUUCUUAACCGCUUGCAGCAGGAGUACCAGACUCGGGAGCAGCUUCGAGCGCGAUCCUUGCAGGGUUGGGUCUGCUAUGUCACCUUUAUCUGCAACAUCUUCGACUACUUGAGGGUGAACAACAUGCCCAUGAUGGUCCUGGUGAACCCUGUCUAUGACUGUCUCUUCCAGCUGGCCCAGCCCACCAGCCUGAGCAGGGAAGAAGAGGUGGACUGCCUGGUGCUGCAGCUGCACCGGGUGGGGGAGCAGCUGGAGAAGAUGAAUGGGCAGCGCAUGGAUGAGCUCUUUGUCCUGAUCCGGGAUGGCUUCCUGCUCUCCACUGGCCUCAGCUCCCUGGCGCAGCUGUUGCUGCUGGAAAUUAUUGAGUUCCGGGCAGCCGGCUGGAAGACAACUCCAGCCGCCCACAAAUACUACUACAGCGAGGUCUCUUACUAAGCCUCCAACUUGGGACCUUUCUUCUGCCCACUGGCAAUUCUGACAGUGGAGUCAGCCUCCUCCCCACUCCCCAAGCCCUUUCCCCUUCCGGACUUUCAACAGCUUCUGAGACAUUUCCCACUCAUGCUGCAGU